AUGAAAUUGCUCGUGUUGCUAUGCAUAGUGACUCUCACAUUUGCAGAUUCAAGGAUUGACUUUUUCAACAAGCUCAGUCAAUCUGACUUCGGAAGAACAAUCUUAUAAACAAUUCAAGUCCAAGAGUACAUAUUUAUAUUCAAUCCUCAGAAACAAUGUUGAACGUGUACUCUAGUUUAUUAGACAAUUGCAGGUGGACAUCAAUGCAGCCUAAACUGAACACACAAAUUACUUACAAAACAGAAAUGGACAAAUCACAUAAUACAUUAAUGAAGCUGAUUAAGCUCUUGCUAAAGCUAAAUAACAAAAGGCACAAGAUGAGGCAUAGCGUAUACUUAUUAUUUCUAUUUCCUAAUAGUUCCUUUGAAAGAGGAGGAACUUAAUGAUAAGAGAGCUCAAGGUGAAACCAAAUUUGCUGAAAAAUAACGAAAUUUAGAUCGCAUUGCUGCACUCACAGCUGAAAGAGAAGAGAGCAAGAAAGCCUAUGAUUAAAGAAGAACUGAAAUCGUUGGUUUAUUGGCUGCAUUGAAUUAAGGCAAGAAACUGAUCCAAUAAAUUAAAACUGGGUCUGUCUUCACACAAUAAGAGAUCUUUGCAGAUAUCGAACAUCAUCACAAGAAAUUCGUUCAGAGAUUCCCAGACAGAAGAGGCUUCAAUUCCUUGGUUUCCUUGUCCCUUGCUAUGGCUCAGGAUUCCACCUUAAAAUCUGAUCAAUCUGCAUUAGAAAGAGUAGUCUAAGUCAUUGAAGAUUUGGCUGAUAGUCUAUUUUAACUGUACAAAUUAUAUUCGACAUCAUUUUUAGAUAGAAACAAGAAAUGGAAGCUGAUGAUGCCAGAGAAGCAGCAUUUUAAUAAGCAAUGUAUUAAUUCAUUUUUAUUACUAUAACAGUGCUCGACUAGAAAUAGCUAAUCAAUCAUUGGAAGGUGCUGUUGCCUAUUUACAUGCUCAGAUCUUGAGAUUAGAACAAUCGCUCUUGGAAUUGUAAAAUGACAUCGCCACUCAAGCUUAAGUAUAUAUUUUAAUAUAUUUUAAUCAGAUGGUCGUCAACAAACAAAAUGAAAAAACAGACUGGUUGAACAUUCAAAGAGAUGAGACUAAAUCAUAUGGAAAGCAAACUGAAAACAGGUAUGCCAUUUUUUUAAUUUCAUAGAAAAUCACAAUUAGAUUUACUUGGAGAAACUGAAAAUGUAUUUUCAAAUGGCCCCUUGACUCCUGAAUAGCAAUCGUUCUUAUAACAUUUAAAGUGAUUAAU